AUGGGCCCCUGUACCGCCUCCUCAUGCUGCUGCCAGGCCCGUAAUCUGCCAUGGGCCCCCGUACCGACUCCUUAUGCUGCUGCCAGGCCCGUAAUCUGUCAUGGGCCCCUGUACCGCCUCCUCAUGCUGCUGCCAGGUCCAGAGUGUGUCAUGGGUCCCUGUACGGCCUCCCAUUGCUGCUGUCUCCAUCGCCACACUCUGCCAUGUGCCACUUUCAGGUCUCCUCACACUGCUGGUGGGUUCCAUUUUGUCAUAGGGUGCUGGCAGAUUACGGGCCUCCCAUUGCUGCUGCCAGGCCCGUAAUCUGCCAUGGGCCCCCGUACCGACUCCUCAUGCUGCUGCCAGGCCCGUAAUCUGUCAUGGGCCCCUGUACCGCCUCCUCAUGCUGCUGCCAG